CCCCCCCCCCCCCCCCCCCCCCGCAUUCUCCUCAACAUUCUCUGCUACACCUAUCCUCUUCUUCCCCAUUCACACCUUUCAAGAUCUUUGCCCAGUCUGUGAUAAUCAACCUCUCCACUAGCUCUGGACCCAGAAAAGUGAAAUGGCUAGGCUCAAGUGACGCGUGGGGUGUUCAACUGGACGACUGGUUGACUCUUGGAUUGAAAAUUAAGAAUGACGUUUUAGUGGGUCCAAAUUCAGGAGUCCGGAAGCCGUUCUCUAACCCAACAUGCUCUUCUCUGAGUGAGGGGCUUAGUGCAUGGGAACAUGUCUUGACAUCUUAGUCCAUCGUUCGUAUGCUAGCAUAGCUUCACCCUUUUCCCUCCAUUGCCACUGACCUUUUCUCACUGCAUCUCCCCUUCACCUACUUGGUGAGCCCAGAAUUAAAACUGAUAACAAAGUAACAAGUGUCAUCACAGCUCCUCCUUUCUUUUUCCUUUUACUAAGCGAAAACUUCAACAAGCUUAAUGCUUCCUUUUAGGGAAAAGUUACCUAAUUCAACUGUUUUCAGACUAUAGGUGGAAAGGAAAGGAGCAAAAGUGGAGUGCACUUUAAAUGGAUAGCACAUUCUUCAUCUUAUGAAAAAAAUUAUUAAAUGCAAGUUAGUUCCCUUUCCAUGAAAAUGGCCUGUUUUAUAAUUUUUACUGGUUAUUCUACGGAGUCUGUCUCCACCCAGCUCAGUGUGUAUUAUAAUGUAAAAAAAGCAGGAACAGGAACAAGCACAGAGAAAUAAAUUUUAUUAAUCAUCUGUCAUUUUUGAGGAUUUACAGUAGCCACUGAGUAACCUCACAUUUGUAUGCCUUUUAUACUUUUGAAGGUCUUCCAUAAUUUGCCUUUUAAUGUAUAUAUACAUGUCAGGAUUUAGACUGUGUUUGGAUAUCCUUUUGAGUAAAUUAGGCUGUACAUUUCUGAGAUUUUAAAAAAAUUGUAAUUAUAAUAAUCUAAAAUGUAGAUAGAAAAUAAUUCAGGCAUUAUAUAUUACACCAAGAAGGUUAUUUCUGUAUCAGUUUUAAGUACUAUUUGAGAUUUGAGAUUUAAUCUUUUUGGCCACAUAUGCUCCGUUUUAAUAAUGAUCAACAACAGCCUUGUAUCUUAUUUCAUUAUCCUGGUGAGCAGGAUUGGAUGGUGAGAAAAGGAAAGACUCCUGUGAGAAGAGAGCAAGAUGAGCAGAGGGAUCUAUGCUUGAAGUUGAGUCACUUGAAAAAGAUCUCUUUGAAUGUGGAAGAGAUCUGAGCAGAUGAAAAUACAAUCAGGAAAAUGCAACAUGGCAGCAGCAAUGGAAACAGAACAGCUGGGUGUUGAGAUCUUUGAAACUGCAGAGUGUGAGGAGAAUAUUGAAUCACAGGAUCGUCCUAAAUUGGAGCCCUUUUAUGUUGAGCGAUAUUCCUGGAGUCAGCUUAAAAAGCUGCUUGCUGAUACCAGAAAAUAUCAUGGCUAUAUGAUGGCUAAGGCACCACAUGAUUUUAUGUUUGUGAAGAGGAAUGAUCCAGAUGGGCCUCAUUCAGACAGGAUCUAUUACCUCGCUAUGUCUGGUGAGAACAGAGAAAAUACACUGUUUUAUUCUGAAAUUCCCAAAACCAUCAACAGAGCAGCAGUCUUAAUGCUCUCUUGGAAGCCUCUUUUGGAUCUUUUUCAGGCAACACUGGACUAUGGAAUGUAUUCUCGAGAAGAAGAACUAUUAAGAGAAAGAAAACGCAUUGGAACCGUUGGAAUUGCUUCUUAUGAUUAUCACCAAGGAAGUGGAACAUUUCUCUUUCAAGCUGGUAGUGGAAUUUAUCAUGUAAAAGAUGGAGGGCCACAAGGAUUUACUCAACAACCCUUACGGCCAAAUUUAGUAGAGACUAGUUGUCCCAACAUUCGUAUGGAUCCUAAAUUAUGCCCGGCUGAUCCAGACUGGAUUGCUUUUAUACACAGCAAUGAUAUUUGGAUAUCCAACAUUGUAACCAGAGAAGAAAGAAGGCUCACCUAUGUGCACAAUGAGCUAGCCAACAUGGAAGAAGAUCCCAGAUCAGCUGGAGUUGCUACCUUUGUUCUUCAAGAAGAAUUUGAUAGGUACUCUGGCUACUGGUGGUGUCCAGAAGCUGAAACAACUCCCAGUGGCAGCAAAAUUCUUAGAAUUUUGUAUGAAGAAAAUGAUGAAUCUGAGGUGGAAAUUAUUCAUGUUACAUCCCCUAUGUUGGAAACAAGGAGGGCAGAUUCAUUCCGUUAUCCUAAAACAGGCACAGCAAAUCCAAAAGUCACCUUUAAGAUGUCAGAAAUAAUGAUUGAUGCUGAAGGAAGGAUUAUCGAUGUCAUAGAUAAGGAACUGAUUCAGCCUUUUGAGAUUCUGUUUGAAGGAGUUGAAUAUAUUGCCAGAGCUGGAUGGACUCCAGAGGGAAAAUAUGCUUGGUCCAUUCUACUAGAUCGCUCCCAAACUCGCCUACAGAUAGUGUUGAUCUCACCUGAAUUAUUUAUCCCAGUAGAAGAUGAUGCCAUGGAAAGACAGAGACUCAUCGAGUCGGUGCCUGACUCUGUGACGCCACUGAUUAUCUAUGAAGAAACAACAGACAUCUGGAUAAAUAUCCAUGACAUCUUUCAUGUUUUUCCCCAAAGUCAUGAAGAUGAAAUUGAAUUUAUUUUUGCCUCUGAAUGCAAAACAGGUUUUCGUCAUUUAUACAAAAUUACAUCCAUUUUAAAGGAGAGCAAAUAUAAACGAUCCAGUGGUGGGCUGCCUGCCCCAAGUGAUUUCAAGUGUCCUGUCAAAGAGGAAAUAGCAAUUACCAGUGGUGAAUGGGAAGUUCUUGGCCGGCAUGGAUCUAAUAUCCAGGUUGAUGAAGUCAGGAAACUGGUGUAUUUUGAAGGCACCAAGGACUCUCCUUUAGAACAUCACCUGUAUGUGGUCAGUUAUGUAAAUCCUGGAGAGGUGACAAGGCUGACUGACCGUGGCUAUUCCCACUCUUGCUGCAUCAGCCAGCAUUGUGACUUCUUUAUAAGUAAGUAUAGUAACCAGAAGAAUCCACACUGUGUGUCCCUUUACAAGCUAUCAAGUCCUGAAGAUGACCCAACUUGCAAAACAAAGGAAUUUUGGGCCACCAUUUUGGAUUCAGCAGGUCCUCUGCCUGACUAUACCCCUCCAGAAAUUUUUUCUUUUGAAAGUACUACUGGAUUUACAUUGUAUGGGAUGCUGUACAAACCUCAUGAUCUACAACCUGGAAAGAAAUACCCCACUGUGCUGUUCAUAUAUGGUGGUCCUCAGGUGCAGUUGGUGAAUAAUCGAUUUAAAGGAGUCAAGUAUUUCCGCUUGAAUACCCUAGCCUCUCUGGGUUAUGUGGUUGUAGUGAUAGACAACAGGGGAUCCUGUCACCGAGGGCUUAAAUUUGAAGGCGCCUUUAAAUAUAAAAUGGGUCAAAUAGAAAUUGACGAUCAGGUGGAAGGACUCCAAUAUCUAGCUUCUCAAUAUGAUUUCAUUGACUUAGAUCGUGUGGGCAUCCAUGGCUGGUCCUAUGGAGGAUACCUCUCCCUGAUGGCAUUAAUGCAGAGGUCGGAUAUCUUUAGGGUUGCUAUUGCUGGGGCCCCAGUCACUCUGUGGAUCUUCUAUGAUACAGGCUACACGGAACGUUACAUGGGCCACCCUGACCAGAAUGAACAGGGCUAUUACUUAGGAUCUGUGGCCAUGCAAGCAGAAAAGUUUCCCUCUGAACCAAAUCGUUUACUACUUUUACAUGGGUUCUUGGAUGAGAAUGUCCAUUUUGCACACACCAGUAUAUUACUGAGUUUUUUAGUGAGGGCUGGAAAGCCCUAUGAUUUACAGAUCUAUCCUCAGGAGAGACACAGCAUAAGAGUCCCUGAAUCUGGAGAACAUUACGAACUGCAUCUUUUGCACUACCUUCAAGAAAACCUUGGAUCGCGUAUUGCUGCUCUGAAAGUGAUAUAAUUUUGACCUGUGUAGAACUCUGGUAUACACUGGCUGUUUAACCAAACAAGGAGGUUUAAUCAGUAGAAAACACGGAAUUGAUCGACACAUUUUGGUACCUGCCAUGUAACAUCUACUCCGGAAAGCAUAAUCGGUGCCGUGCAGGCGUCUACAGCUUGUGGAUAGUAAUCUAAUACCUUAACCAUACACACACAAAAUUGAAUGACACGUAUUUCUAAAGGACCCAGCAAUACCAUGAGAAUUACUGAAGGAAAUAAGACAUUAGCACCAUAUAUCCAUACUACCUUAUUUUCACUUCUAAUAGCAUUAUAAACCUCAUGGACUUAAUUAGUGUAUUUUUACAGUAUACUUCUGAGUUUGUUAAAAUAUGAUGAUAUUAGUGAUUGGUUUGGUUCAAUUCCAGAAUCUCUGACUAGUUACAGAUUUGAUAGCACUUAAAUGUAAUUGAAUAGCUUAUGCUUCAUUGCUUGGGGUGUAUCCAGCAUGUUAUGAACUAAUCACUAUUAAACCUAUGACUUAACCAGUCAUUAAUGAUUUUUCAAGGAUAACUUAGUGGCCUCCUAAAGACACUUAUUUUGUUUCAUUCAAGCUCUGACCAAUUUUAGCCAAUUUCAACUGUAUCUAGUAUAAAUAGUUCUCUCUGAUGAUAUGACAGAGUGGGCUUUUCCUUUCAUACAAAGGCAAGUAACUGUACAUGUAGCAUGGUUUAAUUAGUCUUACAAUAUUGAUAAUUACAGGCGGAAAAAUUUUAAAUGGUUAGAGCUUAAAUAUUUGCAGGCAAUUUCUUCUCCUUUAAGAAAAGGAAAAAGUACACCUCAUCUUCAGAAAAUUUAGUGGUGCCAGUUUCCAUUGGGUAUUUCCUUAUUGAAAGGUUUCAGAAUUUUAGGUGAUGGAAGGGAAUUGUGGUAGGGUUGGGGAUACUAGGGUGUGUAAAAUGACAGGGAGAGGAGAAGGGUCUGCUUAACAACUAAGUAGAAGUAUAAUUUGACCAAAAAUACUCAUGAAAAAGUUUUGGGGGGGGUGAAAUUGAAACUCCUAGAAUGUUAGUUACAGAAACCAGAAUUAAGAAAUCACUCUCUUACCAGCACAGUUACAGACCGAUGUUAUUCAGGGAGAAAAAGUUACUUAGUUACUUUUCUAAUUCUAAGUUUUUGUUAUUUUCCUCUUAAUUUUGGAAACUUUACAAAUUUAAACUUUCUCUAUCCUUUUUAAAUUAUUUGAGCGUAAUUUAGGUAUUGUGAGCUUAAAGAGGUUUCCAGACAACUUCUUUACCACAAACUGAUCCCCAGCCAGCCAUGGCUCUCUUUUUCAGUGUUCAAAGCCUCUAAGCAGCUUCUUGAAUGGCCAUGACAUUUCCUGGUUUAGCCCUAGCACUUGACUGUUAAGGGAGCUCAUAGGCUUUUCAGGUGCUGAUUGGAAUCUGUCAUCUUAGAGUCUUGGGGUGUUAGAUGGGUCACACUGCCAGCGGCAAAGAAGAUACCUAUGAGUUUGACCCUUUUUAUCACAAGCCUCAGUGUUUGGAAAGUUGUUACCAGUACUUUUAAACAAUGCUCCAAAAAAGUUGCUGUUUUUCUUUCUCACCACUACAGAGUAGAUUUCUCCCAUAGAGAGCACAGCCUCCAUCAGGAAGGAUGAUGACUGUGCGUCAGAGGUGAAUUCAUCACUGAGGGCCGAGUGGGAGGUGGGGGAGGUCCAGAAAUGGCAAGGUGACCUGGUGGCUCUGUCCUUGGGAAGGGGAUUGGGUUUUGCUCUUUGUGUAUUUAUACUGUAUCAUAGGUACCACACUUUUCCUUAUUGUCUGUGUAUGUAUUGAUUUCUUUGUUUAUGUUUUCCCAUGCCAAGGUCUGUUUAUAUUUUUUUCAAUGUUAAAUUAAAUUGAUUUGGGUAAUUUUUCUUCCCAAGAAAGUAUUUUCCCCCUUGAUUUAAGUAUAUAUCUGACUAUCGAAGUGGUUUUUGUUUGUGAACUGGUUGGCCCCCAGGGAUCUAUCCUUAUAUAAUAUGCAGAGUAGAAAUGGUAUACAGUGGCUUUUAGACAUCUACUCAUUUGAAACCUCUUGCCCGUUAAAGCUAUUUGUUCAAAACGGCGUCUCUCAUUUUACCAAAACAAACCUAAAAGAACCUCAUGUGCUCUUGAAUUCACCAGUGUUUUCCUUUUGCAUCUUCCUUCUCCUUUCCUCAUAUCACAAGGAAUGCCUCUGUUAUAAUCCCCACUUCAUUAAAUGCCAUUCUCCUUGUGUAAGGGGGAAAAAUACAGGGCUGAAUUCACUUGCAGAAAGACAGUUUGAGUUUUAUUUUAAAAACUGAUGAGGAAAACAUCCUAGUCCAUCCAAGCAAUCAGUAGAAAUCUCACUGAAACUAUUUGUACCCUGUCAAUGGGGAACAUUGUAAAAGGCAAGAGUAUAUAAAAGUAGCAACAGUUUUGGUUAAGAACCAAAAAGCAGUAGGUUAAGUAUCAAAUGGGGCGGCUUUUGCAGGCUUGAUAAGUAGGUGCACUUGAGCAACCAUCGGUAGGGGUGGUGGCUUACGUGUUGAGCGCGAGGACUCAAUCUAAGAAUCUUCUGGGACGCUUAGAAAAAGAAAUGCAGUCCUGAACCUUACGCUUAGAACUUUAAAUUUGGUUGAUUUGGGUGGAGACUAGGAAUCUGCAUUUCUCACCGCCUUUCCUAGGUGAUUCAAAGUUGUUUGUGGGCUACUUUCACAGACUCUUCUGUAGAGAAUGGAAUUGGAUUAAGAGUAUAAUAGGUGAUUUUUACACUGGACUGAUUUACAAAAACCUAAAGCAAUAGUCAAGUACAGCUGCUCGUCUGUGAUCAUGACUGGGCCCUUCUCACUCUGAAAGCAGCAGAAAGGUAUCGCUAACUAUGUCUCCUCUUUGUCUGGAGAUUUCGUUUUGGAAUGAAGGUUCUUCCCUCAAUGCCGUUCCUGGCUCAUUUCCAAAGCCUCAUACUAGAGGAUGGAGUCACAAGGCAUGCAUUACUUUGUAAAGGAAUGAGAUACAGAUAUUGAUGCUUCCUUUUUUUACUACUUGUUUUAUUCCUUACAGAAGGUGUAGCCCACCUGUCUGUAACAUAAUUCUCUCUUUAGGUGGAAUGAUUCCUAUAAGAUCUCCCAUUAUUAUAGAAGCCUAAAUUUUUAAGCUGUUGCAUCUUUGAUAUAAUCUGAUGUUCUCAUCUGUUGGAGGAGGAACCGACAUAGAGAGAGAAGAGAAAAUAUACCCAUUGCCACGCGGCCAGUUACUGCUCAGCUGGUACUAGACUCCAUCUGGAUGCCCUGACUCACGGUAGUUAAAUGAUAGAUAGAAAAGGCAAAUUUUUAAAGAAGUAUUUAUUAAUAUAUUCCUAUGAAACAUUUUAAAGAUAACAUAAAAUGGUUAAUUUUUCCAUUCUGAAGUAAAUGCUAAGCAUGCUUAUUACUGAAGCAGUACUUCUAAUUAGUAUAUGACAUUCUGAAGUUAAUUAAAACUGUUAGACUAAAUGUGUCUUCCUAGUAGUGAGGGAUUUGGGAAUUGGGGUGUAGAAUAGAGUGCUUGCUUAAGCCUGAGAGCCUAACUUAGAGCUAGUUGAAGUAAGAAAAGAGACAUGGCCAUAUCUAACUAAGAUUUUGAGGUGAGUGUCCGCUUCCAGCAGACAUAAAGGAAUAAAGAAACUUGCCUGACUCCCACUUUCCCAACUCUCCCCAGCCUCACCUAUCCGUCUUGCAGCCUAAAAUACGGAAACAUUAGUGCAAGGUGCCGGUUCCUGCUUUUCUUAUUUCGUCAAGAGACGGUUCUAGGUAAUCGUUUCAGAAGUCCCUCACAGAGAGAAAAAGGAAUAUUUGUAUGUUUGCUUCUGGAUAACCCAAAUACAAAUUUAUGUUGUAUUCAGCACAAUUGGAGUUCAGGUCUUUAAUUUUAGAAUAUAAAGUGCCUGCUGUUUUAAGCAUUGACUUGUAUAAAAAGAAUUGCAUGUCUCACUCCAGUAAGUUUAUGGGUUUUCUCAUUUUCAGCUACAUGGCUUUUAAUCAUGUAAAGUGAAACAUUAGUUUUGUUGCAUUUUAUUACAGGUUCUUUGUUGCAAUAAAGAUGCUGCUAAAUUA